AUGUUCGUGUCACAUCAGUGGGCUGGAGUAGACCAUCCGGAUCCGGAGCUUCAGCAAUUCAAAGUUCUGCAAAAGGCGUUGAAGAAUGUCAUGUCUGGAGCUUCCGUGAUCUCGGGCAACAUAAGCAUCGAGCUCUACACCGGACAGAAGACGUGCAUUUCUGCGAAAGACCUGUCUUCGCAGCCGCUGUUCGUAUGGUAUGACUUCUUCUCUUGUCCCCAGUCCUCUUGUCGAUCUGCCGAUCGCCAGUUGGCGAUCAGCAGCAUUCCAGCCUACGUUGAACGCUGCCAGUUUUUUACAAUCCUCUGCCCCCAUGUCCGCCAAGAGCAGAAGGAGAUUUUGCUGAAUCGCCGCAGCUGGGAAAGCCGUGGCUGGUGCAGGUUGGAGCGCAUGGUGCGGGAGCUGAGCACCCGCGCAGACACCGGGGUCUCCAUCGAGAUCCAGGGUGCCACUUACCAGGCGCAGGCGCCUGCUUUUGGCUUCGUACAGGCGCCGGUGGGCGAAGGGAGCUUUACGGUACAGAGGGACAAAACGAAGCUGGCCGCGGUGUUGCAGAGAAUGGUCCGGCGGAAGCUUCACUACUAUGUGGUGCAGGGGGAUCUGCACCAGUACCGGCUUAUGCUGAACCUGCAAAGGGUCCACUAUCGCAAUCUCGACCUUGUUCCUCUCGAGGCCCUGCGUGUGCUCAUCAGCAGCCGAGCUGAUGUCACCUCGAAAGAUGGCUUCGGCGCAUCGCCUCACCACUGGGCGGCUUUCUCCAACAAUGUGGAGGGUAUCAAAGCCCUCUGCAUGGCUGGUUGCAGCCCUACCGAUGUAAACAUCCUCGGCUACUCUCCGUUCCGAGUCGCUGCUUCCGUGGGCCGCGUUGACGCCAUGCGGGCGCUACUUCCCUACACGCCAAAGGAAGAGAUCGACCUGGCGCUGCAUGCCGCGAUGCUGCAGGGAGGAGGAUCUGCAGAGGUCAUGUCCACCUUGAUAGGCUUGGGAGCUGACGUGAACCUGCAGCUGAAGAUUCCCCUGUUCAGCCCGCUUGGGAUCUGGUUUGGCUGCCUCAGUUUGAGGCAUCGCUGGAAGACCUCAGUGCUGAGUUCCUACGCCUACCACCACUACCAAGCAACGCCCCUCAUGUGCAGCGUCAUCACCGGAUCCUUUGAGGCGACCGCGACCCUCCUAGGGGCAGGGGCACGUACGGACCUACGAAAUGCACGUGGGCUCACGGCGGAGGAGCUGGCGCGUGAGACCAGCGCCCCUGACUACAUCAUACUGGCUUUGCAGGGCCACGGGGAUGCGCGCGAGAAACUCGUAAAGGACGUGAAGAAGAUUGCAAAGCUGGAGGUGGCAGAUCCUGAAGAGGCCGUCUACGAGGUCGCGCACCGCUCCAACGAGAGCACGAUCCGGGUUUGCAAGGCUGUUGUGGCAGCAGAUGAUGUGCAAUCAUGUCAGAAGGGAAGAUACCGGACCGGUGGCGACGAUGGCGAAUUUUUCCGGUCAGUCACCAGUGGCCUCGCAAACAGGGACAACUACCAGGGCUGCAGCUUGGCUUUCACGUCUGGGAGACUACUUACAGAGGACUGUGGAGGUCACUUCGUGGACUACCCAUGGAAGACCAGGACCUUCACCUACGGUGAGAAUGACCUCGGCAGACAGUUGGAAGCAGCUAUGGGAGAAAUGCAGGAUCAGCUUCGAAGGGAGCGCGAGCGGUCCGAUGAAGCUGUCAAGGUGCACUUUUACCUCCGCCCGGCCUUGCGGACACUGUGGAGCCGAGUUAUCCUGAAGCGCGAGCUACAGUACGUCCAGAAGAUGAUUAUGCCCAAGAUCGGAGUUGUCAAGGGCGAGCUGGGGAGUUACCGCGAAUCACCCUCCUUCUGGUCCUUCGGUAUCGUUACCUUUGCCGAGGAUGCGUACCAGGACUUGUCGGACACAAGCUACGCCUGGUGGGAGGGAACGCUUCAGGAUGCGCUCUCGUGGUACACCAAGUACAGCGCGGCUUCUCCGCUUGAGCGACUGCAGCUCAAGCCAUCUUCCUCUCAGGAGCUGCAUCGUCCAGAAUGGGCUCGCGUAGAGAGGAGGGCUACGGCGAUGAUGCUUUCGGCUGUGCCCCAAGCAGUGCGUGAAGAAGUUAUUGCCAUGGGAAGUGUGACGUCGCUGGCUUUGUUGUGCAAGCUUUAUGCCGUGUAUCAACCGGGGAAUUUGCAGGAGAAAGCCCUGGUUCUACAACGACUAGAACGACCAGAAGAAUUUGACACCGCCUUGCAGGCGGUGGAGGCCUUGAGGAAGUGGACGCUGUGGAGGCGCCGCGCUUCAUCCAUAGGGAUAGCGGAGCCAGAUGCCUCGGUGUUGGUGCAGGGUUUGGACCGCAUCACCACCAAGGUGGUGAAGGCGAACAGCGAGCUCAGUUUUAGAGUCAGCCUUAUACGGAGCACCUUGCAGGUGGAUGUGUGCCCAAGCUCCCAGUCGGUGACUACUUUUCUUCAGCAUCUUCAAGCGGAGAUGGAGCAGCAGGCACGGCUGAGUGUCACGAAGGCUCCUGCACCAGUGAGCCCUGGGAUGAGGGCUGUUACCCCAGUGGAUGGGGCCGCGGCUACAACGACUACUCCUAUGGCACCGCCACCGCCCCCCCCGAAGGGAGGCACCAAUGGGCUUUGCCGCUUCUUCCAGGGAGAGAAGGGAUGCCGAAGGGGAAACACAUGCAAGUUUCCUCACACGUGGAGUUUGCUGGAAAAAGGGGCCAGAUCAAAGAAGUGUUUGGCAUGUGGAGCUACGGGCCACAAGGUCAAGGAGUGUCGGGCCCCAGGAGGAGGAGCGGCGAGAUCAUCGAGGUCAGCAACGCCUGGAAUAGGCGAAACAGGCUCUACGUCCCCGACAGCAUCCUCACCGGAGGCGCAGCGGAAGGUGAACUUUGAGGACGAUGGAGUGAUCCAGACCAAGGCCCUUCAGAUGUUGAACCAGGUUCAGCAUAUGCCGCUGUUUAAGGCCUUGAUGGAGAAGGUUUGUGGGUGGAUGUCUCCUAAGUCGUCAACACGAUCUACCUCGAGGGCGGCUUUGUUGGAUUCAGGGGCUACUCAUGUGUUGCGGGCCCCCAAGAAUGAGGAGGAGUGGACCUCAGCGCGGAAUGUUUCCGUGCAACUUGCUGGGGAUUCGAUGGCAGCAAUGAAGCAAACCAGCUCAGGGUCGCUGUUGACGGGCGACCAGUUGGCACAAGUUAUCGUUCCUUUGGGCAAGGUGAUUUGUACGUUGGGUUACAAGUUGAGCUGGACCUCCCAGGUGUGUGAACUGAUUGGCCCGGAUGGAUCAACCCUUCCCCUCACGCUCAAGAAUGGCUGCCCGGAGGUCAGUGAGAAGGUUGCCCACAAGCUGAUCAAGGAACUUGAGGAUGAGCAGUUACCUCAGCUGAACAGUACAACGCAGUCUUCAAUCAAAACGCUUCAAACAAUGAAGACAAGCUGGUGGUCUUACUUGCUUGAGUAUGUCAAAAAUGGAGGCACCGAUGAGGCGUGUAUGGCCCUGGACCGAGCUCCCUUCUUCGACUUCAAAGAGAUGCUGAAAGAGCGUUUGGUUACACGGCUUCCAAAGGAAGGAAUUUGGGAACUCCUGAAGGACUUGAGGGUCAACCGAAGGGCAAGAAAGCGACUACUACGUGCCUCGGCGUGGAUCUUGAGGUGGGAUCCUCCAGCAGUGGAGCGGCCGUAUGAAGCUGCCAAGCACUUGGCCUUUGUUGGCGACAUGGUGUAUGUGAAUGUGAACCGGUUGUUGUUCGAGAAUGAGUUCCCCGAGGUUUGGAGAGUUCUUCAAUGGGCUGCACUCCAAGGGAGACUGGGAACAAUCGUGUCCCGGGAUGCUCCCGCUAAGCCUCUGGAGCAGGUUGCCGCUGGACCUCACAGGUGCAUGGUCCACUUCGUGCAUGCUUUAUCGUCGGCCGCGAGGGAGCUACAGGGAGGAGGUGGUACGCGUCUCUAUGUGGAGGACCUCGCGGGGAACUACGACAUGAACCACUACGAGACCAAGUACGGUGACAGUCUGUGGCCACCCUGGACGCUGUGCAAGGACUCCAUAGCCUAUUAUGAAGAGAUGGGACUGUCUGAGGUUUCCAUUGAAAGGUUUGCUGGAGAUUGUGUGUUGCGAGUGGCUAAGCUGAGCAGUGAUGCAGCCUGGAGAUUGCAUGUGGCCCGGAACCACCAGCCUUUCAGGAGAGACUGCUCUGUUUGUGUGAGGAACAGUGCAGCGGGGCACCAGCAUCGGACUACGAUGCACCCGAUGGCGUACAGUCUGAGCGUUGAUGUGGUUGGUCCGCUGAAGGGCUUUGGGAAGUCGCCGGACGGGAAGUUCUUCAAGUACUUUGUGAUCGGAGCCAUGAGGGUUCCACGAAUUGAUGGUGCAGGAGGACAUGGUGAAGUUCGAGGCCACCCUCUCCCACCACCGGAUCCUGAGGAAGAGGUGGAGCAACUGUCUGAUGACGAAGAUGAGGUGGUUCAUGGUGUUCCCGAAGGAGCUGGCGUAGACCUGGAUGAUGUAUCAAAGGAGGAGGAGCAAUGGAAGAAGUUACUUGCAACGUUCAAAGAGCCCAUUGCCACCUCUACCCUCUACUUUGCGAUCCCUGUGAACAACAAGAAGGCAGCCACGAUGCUACCGGCAGUACAAAGGAUCGUUGCGGAUGUGAAGGCUUUGGGCUACCCCAUCACGAGGAUCCACUCAGAUCGAGGUGGUGAGUUCCGUGGGAACCUGGUGCGGAAGUGGGCGCUUUCUCAAGGGAUGUGGCCAACGACUACUUCGGGCUCAGAUUCAGCUGCCAAUGGGGUGGCAGAGUCAGGAGUUCGCUACUUGAAAAGACGAGCUCGAAUCUUGUUGGAUAGCGCCGGCCUCGACAAGGUGAAUUGGCCCACGGCGGUGCAGUAUGCAGCAGCCCAGCAACGAUGUGAUCAACUUGGCGUUGUUCCCGUUAUGCCAGUGGCUUAUGGUACCAAGGUUUAUGUGAAGACCAAGAGGUACAAGACCGGGGCAGUGGAGGACUUUGGCCAUCAUUGGACUCGUGGGCGGUAUGUUGGACCGUCUACAGACAUAAGGGGCGGCCACGUGAUCCUCAAGGACUCUGGAACUUUCAUUCAGACGACGCACGUGCGAGUAACCCGGGACCCACCUUCCUUGGAGGAGGUAGCACCCACGGUCCUUGUGGAGCCGGAGGAGGAUUUGGUUUCAAAGGAUGGCGAUCCACCUCUUCCACCUCCGCUACUACCACCACCUGAACGACGCGUUCGGAUCAAAUCCCCGCACAUCUCAAAGAUUGAUGGGUUUGCAGCUGACUAUGAGGUGCUGUAUGAUGCUCCCCAGGACCCAGACGCCUUUGAGGGUGAAGAAAAGGAGUUGAAGUAUUUACGAGUUGGGGAAAUCCAGUAUAUGGAGGCGGUGGCCGAGCAGCUGUACAACGAGGACAAGUUUCAGGAGGAGCAUGUGGCGAGGUUGCUAGCGUUGGUCGCUGGGACUUGUGGCAAUUUGAAAGUUCCAAGGGCCCCUGGUGGAAAGGGGAUGGUUCUGGGAGGUUAUGUGCAUGGAGGUUCGUUUGGGAUCACUCGCUAUGGACGAGAUCUUCCUUGGGUGCAGCGAUACUUCAACUACUACCUCGCAAUGAAGAUCAAGAAGAAUUGGCCGGACCGAGAGUUUUCAUGGACUACGUUGGCCAUUCAGUCGGCGGAGGAGAUCCCAAAGCACAAGGACAGCCACAAUGAGCGCGGGACGUGCAACUAUGUGAUGGAGUUGAAAACGGAACCUCUUGAAGGCCUAUGGGUACAAGAUGAUGAUGGAGAGAGAAAGGUCGUUGGAGGCGACAACCCAGCGGACUUUCAGUAUGAGGACAUGGACGGCAGGACCUAUGAUGGGUGCUUGCUAGAUGUUACGUCAACACCAGCGAUGUUUGAUCCGCUGGUGCCCCAUGCUUAUGUGAAAGGAGGUGGAACAAAAUGGUUUUUGUCAGGUUACACUCCACAGGGAGCUUACAAGUUGUGCACCAAUGACAAGAAGUAUCUGGUCCACUUGGGGUUUCCUCUCGCUCGUCCUUGUGAAGAUGAUUGUGGUGGGGCGCUGGAAACCACACCAGUGCUAAAGGCAGUACCCUUCCCAUCUGGGACACCAUUGAGUGGAGCUCAUGGUGAGGAUGAUGAAGUGGGUGUUGUCACUACCCAUGAUUGCGAGACUACGUUGUGGGAGUGGGCAAUUUAUGCUGAGACACCUCCCCCAGAUGAACAAGAUGGUGUUUGGCCGUGUCGAUCGGUGUGUUUAAAGAAGCUAUGUUCAUCAGAUGACCCCGGUCCCGAGCUCGAGGUCUUGACCAAAGUGCCGGAUAUCUUGGCUGAGGAGGAGUAUGAUCCUUUGAUUCAGCGAGACAUGGAGGUGAAUGUGGAGCACUGGACUUCAAUGGGUUUGUAUGAUUUCCCCAAGGUUGCCAAGUUGGAACCGGAGUAUGUGGAGGGAAUUGAAACUAUUAUUGAACAAGCCCUCACUUCUGAAGUUCCUCUUCGUCAUACCUACAAUGUGAGUCCGGCCGAGGCCAAGGCGGUGAUUGAGAAAUGGCGUCCAGCCAUUACAAAGGAGCUGGGAGUUGUUGAGCGAGGCUUCAAGAAGGUUACCACGGCUGAGGUGAUGGCCCUGAAGGAGAAGUUCACUGUUCAGGCACGUAUCGUGUGCUGUGGAAACUACGCCGCAGAAGACCAAAGUGACCUAUUUGCAGGAGGAGCAGCGGCGGAGAGUUUGAGGUGUGCGUUGACCUACACAGCGAAACGCCGAUGGCGAUCUGGGAUCACCGACAUCACCGGGGCGUUCAUGCCCACCCCCCUUCCGGGAGGCCCUGGUCAGAUCGUCUACAUCAUUCGGCCCCCGGCUGCAUUGGUGCAGCUGGGACUUGCGCACCCCGGCGAGCGAUGGCAGCUUACUCAUGGAAUGUACGGAUUGAGACAAAGCCCCCGGCUGUGGUCAUCAUUCAGAGACACCGAGCUGAGGAAGAUGAGGGUGUCCUACCAAGACAAGUUCUGGGUUUUACGACAAGGAACAGCGGAGCCAAACAUGUGGUUGAUUUACGAGGAGGGAGCAGAAGAGUCUUCAGAACCUGCCGGAUUGGUUUUGGUAUAUGUCGACGACAUCCUCCUCAGUGGUCCACUGGGCUUGGUGCGAGCUACCUCGAGUACGAUAAGAAGCGUGUGGAAAGCUUCAGAGCUUGAAGUGUUGGAUGUGGACCACGAGAUACGAUUCCUUGGUUGCGAAAUUGCAGUGACGGAAGACUAUGAUGCGGUCUACAUCCACCAGAGACCGUACAUCGACGAGAUUCUCCGUCACCAUGCUACACCGGCGACUGAUUUAUCACCUAUUCAGUCCCCGAAGGAGCUCGUGACCUUCGAGGCCAAGGAAGGUGAGGAUCCAGGCAGCGAGGAGGAGGUGAGACAGGCCCAGCGGGCCUGUGGAGAACUACUUUGGGUCGCGCAACGGAGCCGACCCGACAUCUCAUUCGUUGUUUGUGCUAUGGGUUCACUACUUACAAGGGCUGCUCCCCGAUGUUUGAUGAUCGCAACCAGGCUGCGUUCUUACUUGCAGAGGACGAAGAACCUCGCGCUGGCCCUGAAGCCUACGAACAACGAGUUCACCAUCUACACAGACAGCUCGUUUGCACCGGAGGGCUCGAAGAGUCACUCUGGCAUGGUCGCGGUGUGGCUGGGUGCUCCGGUGUGCUGGCGCUCUUCAAAGCAACCUUUUAUUUGCCUGUCGACGGCAGAGUGUGAGUUGCUAGCAGCAACCGAAGGGCUGGUGAUGGGUAAAAGUAUCGCGUCGGUCUUGAACCAGAUGAUGAAGGAUGUCGGGAAGAUCUACUUGAAGGUCGAUAAUCAAGCGGCUAUAAGUUUUACCCGACCGUCCUCCUCGGUGUCGUGGCGUACACGCCACCUACGUGUGCGAGCUUCCUACAUUGUGGAACAGGUGGAUACAGAUCAGGUGGAAGUGGUGUUUGUGGCUGGAAAAAGUCAAUGGGCAGAUUUAUUGACGAAGUCCUUUCCUCGACAGCGACUUGAAGAGCUGGUUGGACUUUGGGGCUUUGUGGAUGUGGUGGCAGAAGUUUCAAAGGUGACUAUGGCACGGAUGCUGGUUGCCUGUAUGAUGGUUCAGACAGCGCGUUCGCCCUUCCAGAUCAGCCCGGAGAUUGAAGAACCUUCAAGAAACGAUCCAAAGGGAGAUCGAGCUGCAAAUGGCAGAGAGAAAUACGGAAGCAACGGCAUCAUCACCUACAGCGAGGACACCCUUGGACGCAUCGACUACAGCAAGAACACUGUUGGCAUCGUCACCUACAACGAGGACACCAAGGCCUGUGACACCUACCACGAGGGCACCAAGGCCGGCGACACCUACAUCGAGGAGACCUACACCCUCGUCAAGGACAUCUGGGAAUCAAGCGCCUAUGACAACGGCCGGCCUGGAUCCUUUGACUACAUCAACGGCGUUUUCAUCAUCUGCGACCGCGUUUGGGCAGUCGGCUACGAGUUCUCGUUCUACUACAAGAGAGGCAGGGGUCCAGAUUGA